ACUUUGGUUCGUGGCUUGAAUUCAGGCUUGACCACGCGAAUUCCUCGCCAUCCCACCGUCAUAGUAUUGAAAUAUCAUUACCUCAAAGUGUCCCCGAUAACCAAAAAUGAGUGCCACGGUUCUUUACAACAACGCUGUCAAGCAAACGCAUGUGCUUCAGCAGGAGCUGGAGCGGCUUGAAAGCGGGGAGGACACUUCGUCGGGAUUACAAGGUCAGAUUACCGCCGGACUGGCAUCACUACAACGGGGAGCCCACGACUUGGACGAAUUCGCACGGAGAGAAGUCACAGCAGCGAAAAAGGAGAAAGCUAUUGCACGAGCGAAGAAAGUACGCGAGGAUUUCGCCUCUCUACAAAUUGCGUUCACGAGAUGGAAAACGGAGGAUCGGGCAAGGACGGCAGAACGUGACAGGAAGGAUCUGUUGGGCAGCCAUGUUGAGCGCCGGACAUCAUUCGGCGCACGGCACGGGCAUGGCGCCUCGGAUCCUAGGGCCACCGACAAUACCAUCCUCAUGAUGGAUCAUAUGAUCCGGGAGAACGGCGUUCUUGAGAAUUCAGGGCACCGAUUAGAUGAGUUUAUGCAGAUGGGGCGGGCAGCGCUACAGGAUCUGGUGGAGCAGAGGGACUCGCUGAAGGGCACACAAAGGAGACUUCUCGAUGUAGCAAACUAUCUUGGGCUAUCCACAUCGGUAAUACGUUACAUCGAAAGGCGGACGGCCGCGGACCGGUGGAUCUUCCUGGGAGGGGUUACGACAACGGUGUUUAUUAUGUGGCUAAUUGUACAUUAUCUGGGGUGAUGCCACGGCCCGCAGGCGGUAUUGUGCAAUCUUAUCAUUCAACAUCGUAUCGUCGAUUGCAUUUCACCAAUCCUCCCUCGUGGAAUGCUGGUAUGAUGCGAUGGGCCAGCUCUGCGUUUGCCAUUGUUCUGCGUGGUUUUCACGCUGAGAUCC